AUGCGAUGGCCGCCAUGGAGCUCCGAGUCGACCAAUGACGAACAAAAACAAACACCCAGCUCCUGGUUCUCCUCCGCGGCAAACAACCCGAGUUCCAUCCUCGACUGGACAGCGUUCACAGAAGCCAGAACCAUUCUGCCAACCCUCGUCCUAACAAGCGGCAUUCUCAUUGCAGUGCGCUUCCACCGCCGCUACCUACGACGCAUCCCCGACGCGCCUAGCAUCUCGUCCUCAUAUCUUCGACGGCGGAGCAUCUUCGGCCCAGUUACCAGCGUCGGCGAUGGAGACAAUUUCAGAAUAUUCCACACACCAGGUGGCCGUAUGGCUGGGUGGGGCUGGCUACCGUGGAAAAAGGUUCCUACUGCGAAGAAGGAUCUGAAGGAUAAAACCGUUCGUCACCUACCACCCAUUUUCCCAUCAGCGCUCUUAGCCCGCAACAGGCAUAAUUAUGCCUCGGCAUAUAAUAUACCACUAUUCCAUUCUCCAUAUCUACAUCUAGUUUACAUAUUUACUCAAACCCAGAUCCACAUCCGCCUCGCUGGCGUCGACGCCCCAGAACUAGCCCACUUCGGCCGCCCCGAACAACCUUUCGCGCGCGACGCACACACAUGGCUAACAUCCUACCUAUCCGGCCGACGGAUCCGUGCCCUCGUUCACCGCCAGGACCAAUACUCGCGCGUGGUUGCGAGUGUCUUCGUCCGGCGCGCAUUUGACUUCCCGCCAUUCCGUCGGCGGGACGUUUCAUACGAAAUGCUGAAGCGCGGCUUGGCGACUGUCUACGAAGCAAAGGUUGGCUCGGAAUUUGGUGGUGACAAGAUGGAAAAGAAAUACCGCAAGGCCGAGUGGUGGGCUAAGAAGCGAGCCAAGGGUCUUUGGAAGGAUUAUGGUCGCGUCGGGUCUGGUUGGGAGAGUCCGAGAGAGUACAAGAAUCGGAUGGGCAUGGGAGAUCCUCUUCCGAUUGAGAAAGGGAAUGGAAAGGGGAAGACCGGGCAAAAAUGA